AGACCAAUAGGCUGCUGCUUGCUAUUACAAUGGGUCCUAGCAACUGGGCCUGAUCGGGUAACAGGGGAGGAGAGCACACCAGCAGCGGGGAGAGUGUGAGGGGAGAGGGAGGGAGCGCCUGCAGGGCAGGCAGCCCCACAGCCACAGACUUGUCUGCCUCUCGCUGCUAGGACCUGCUAGGACCGGUCCCAGGCUCCCACCAUCCCCUCCCCAGACGCCGAGGAUCACGUGAUUCUCCCCCGUCCCCUGGCGCACUCUGAACCACUGGUCACCAUGGCUACUUCCAAGUUGCCCUCAGCGCCCGGGGAGGAGGAGACCACCAUUCUCAUGGCCAAGGAGGAGCUGGAGGCCCUGCGCACAGCCUUCGAGUCUGGCGACAUUCCCCAGGCCGCCUCUCGCCUUCGAGAGCUGCUGGCCGCCUCGGAGAGCACCCGGCUGGAGGUGGGCGUCACGGGGGAAUCGGGAGCUGGCAAGUCGUCCCUCAUCAAUGCCCUGCGCGGCCUGGGGGCCGAGGACCCAGGCGCAGCUCUCACGGGUGUCGUGGAAACCACAAUGCAACCCUCGCCCUACCCGCACCCACAGUUUCCUGAUGUGACCCUGUGGGACCUGCCAGGGGCCGGCUCUCCGGGCUGCCCGGCUGACAAGUACCUGAAGCAGGUGGACUUUGGCCGCUAUGACUUCUUCCUGCUGGUCUCCCCCCGCCGCUGCGGGGCCGUGGAGACCCGCCUGGCCGCGGAGAUCCUGCGCCAGGGCAAGAAGUUCUACUUCGUGCGCACCAAGGUGGACGAAGACCUGGCGGCCACCCGCACCCAGCGACCCUCAGGCUUCAGCGAAGCUGCCGUCCUGCAGGAGAUCCGGGAGCACUGUGCCGAGCGGCUGCGGGCGGCUGGAGUGGCCGAACCCCGCAUCUUCCUGGUGUCGAACCUCUCGCCAUCCCGCUAUGACUUCCCGAUGCUCAUGUCCACCUGGGAGCACGACCUGCCCGCCCACCGGCGCCACGCCGGCCUGCUGUCCCUGCCCGAUAUCUCCCUGGAGGCUCUGCAGAAAAAGAAGGACAUGCUCCAGGAGCAAGUGCUCAAGACUGCCCUGGUGUCGGGGGUCAUCCAGGCCCUGCCGGUCCCCGGACUGGCCGCCGCCUACGAUGACGCGCUGCUCAUCCGCUCGCUGCGCGGCUACCACCGCAGCUUCGGCCUGGACGACGACUCGCUGGCCAAGCUGGCCGAGCAGGUGGGUAAGCAGGCGGGGGACCUGCGCUCGGUCAUCCGCUCCCCACUGGCCAACGAGGUCUCACCCGAGACGGUCCUGCGGCUCUAUUCUCAGUCGUCAGAUGGCGCCAUGCGGGUGGCCCGUGCCUUUGAGAAGGGCAUCCCUGUGUUCGGGACACUGGUGGCUGGUGGCAUCAGCUUUGGAACCGUCUACACCAUGCUCCAGGGCUGCCUCAAUGAGAUGGCCGAGGAUGCCCAGCGGGUCCGCAUCAAGGCCCUGGAGGAAGACGAGCCCCAGUCGGAGGUCAGCUUGGAGGCAGCUGGUGACAGUGGAGUGGAAAAGCGGGGAUCCGGGGAGGGAAAUGGCGAGGACGCCCCACUCUCAGCCCGCAGGAAGCUCGGCCUCCUUCUCAAGUACAUUCUUGACAGCUGGAAGAAGCGUGAUGUGUCUGAAGAAAAAUAAAAGUGCAGCCCCACCCCUGCCUCACCCCCAGACCAAGUCUUAACAAAACCAGCCAACCAACCAAA